UGUAAUGCUGGGAAUCGAUGCUUAGCCGCUCGUCUCGACUCUCGAGUUGAUGUAUCUUUCAAUGUCUAUCUUUCAUGGAUGAAUCAUGCCUGGAGUUAAAUGUUUCUCCUUCUUCCCUGAAAGCCUGAAAGAUUUUGCUUCGUUUUAGCUUCCAUGGUCGAGUUAAAUGACGGUUAUCGUAACCCCACCUUACUUUUUGAAAGUAAACCCACGUUUCCCUUCUCUAUUCCUAAUCGCUUCUUGCAGAAAAACCAUGGUGAGCACCAGCAGCAACAAGGAUCCAGGAACCUUCAUCACUGUCACUGAGAAAGCCACUUUCGAAAAGGAAAUUAAACGUAGCAAAUUCAUAGCGAUCGCCGGACACAUUUCCGACGAGCCCUCUGCUCGAUCAUUUCUCGCCCAGGUUCGGGAUCCCAAAGCCACUCACAAUUGUUGGGCUUAUAAGAUUGGAGAUCAAUUUCGGAGCAGUGAUGAUGGUGAACCCUCUGGUACGGCUGGCAAGCCGAUUUGCUCCUCUAUUUUUUCAUCGGGAAUUGACAGGGUCAUGGUGGUUGUCAUCAGGUAUUUUGGAGGGAUAAAACUAGGCACCGGAGGAUUAGUCAGGGCUUACGGAGGAAUAACCAUGGACUGCUUAAAAAGUGCCUCAACUUGUGAAGUGAAAUCAAAAGUUCCUAUUGGUAUUGAGGUGCCCUUUGAUCUAUUUGGGGUUGUAUACCAUCAGUUACAAUCAUUUCAAGUUGAGGAUAUCAAGCAGGAUUAUGAUACUGGUAAAGACAGCAGCACCAUGAUCACUUUCAAAGUUGAUUAUGACCGGGUGAAGGGUCUGGAGGAUGCAAUCAAAGACAAUUGCAGCAGAGAUAUAGUGUUCUAUAAGCGCUAAAGCAGAUUUAAGAGAUCCAAUCCCCUGUUAUUUUUGGUGUUCUCAUGGACAGUUCCCAAAGCCAUUUCAUUGCUUUCUUCUUUGCUUUGUUCAAUUCAUUUGGUACAGGUGGGACCAAGUCUAUAGUAGGAAACUUUUUGGGGUUGCUUUAAUGACAAAGUCUUCAGUUGGUUGCUUAA